GCACCUCAAAGAUACACAGACAUAAGCGAGGAGGAUGGCAAAGCAAGGUGUAGACGUUGCAGUGGCGCUUGUCCUCGUUGCCUUCGCAGCAUUUCCAUCAGUGCACUCCAUCGGCGUCUGCAACGGCGUGCUGGGCAACGACCUGCCGGCGCCGAGCGACGUCGUGAAGCUCUACCAAUCCAAGGGCAUCAACGCCAUGAGGAUCUACGAGCCGGAGGGCAACGUCCUCAAGGCGCUCAGCUCACGUCGGCAAGGCGCUUGUUGACACACGAACACGUCACGUGUACCCUCGACGCCGGGGGUGAUGCACCGCAGCU